AUGAAGCGAUUUGCCAGUAUUUCUUUGGUGGCAGUUUCUACUUGUCGCCAUUUCUUUGGUAAGGGAUGGGACAAUGCCUCCUUGGAUACCAUCUACAGUUGUAUGCUUCGGAAACCGGAAGUUAAUGAUCGAGUCCGGAGUCAAUAUGCAUCUACCAUGGAUCCUCGUGAUGCGGACGUUCUUCGUCGUCUUGGAGAGGUUGCAAAGGAGAAUAAGACCUUUAUUCGGGUAUUUCUUCCGCCUCACUUGGGCGAUCCUCAUCGUCUCUUGAAGUGCUACAGCCUUAUGGCUUAUCCAAUUCUUGACGAUAAGGGUGGACAGUUAAAAGUGGAAAUGGAUGGGCACCAUCUUGAUGCCUUCGCGGAUCCUGAUGAUGACUAUGCCAAGGUGGUUAUCCCUCAUAUUGAACUUGUGGAGUACCUAGCAAAGUCCCUUUUGGAAACAAUGAAAUGGGAGGCCACCCCAAGAGGUGCUGCCUCGCUCCUUGAAUCGCUUUACCGUGGGGCCGAUAUACCAGAUCAUGUGUUUCAGACACCCGCAGUCAUUGAGCGCAUUGACGAGUUUAAGGAUGGCAACAAAGUCACUCAGUAG